GGGAGACAGAGAGAGAUCUGGAGAGAGAGAUCUGGAGAGAGCAAGAUAGACGGAGCGAGACAGACUUUUCUACAAACAACCGAUGUAAUUGGUACCUUUUGAAAUCUCUUGGAGCACAACUCUAAACUGAGUGUAGGAGUCUCUGAUCACAUCUUUAACCAUAUUUCCUUUGAACUUCACACUGAUGGAAACUUCUUUGUACCUCACCCUCCUAAUCUCAGGGUUCUACACACCUUCCUUGUGUCUUAUUUGUCAAUAUCACGUCAUGAACAUAGAAAAGACCUGGACUGAUGCCCAGAGUUACUGCAGAGAGAAAUACACUGAUCUGGCUACAGUAGAUGACAUGGAGGACCUGAACAGGCUGAUUACCAGUGUCAGUAGUUCUAAUUACUGGUUCUGGAUCGGACUGAAGAAGGGAGACUCCAUGAAGUGGCACUGGUCUCUGGCAGACAGACGUUUCUACAGAGAGGGGGAGACUGAGUUCAGAUACUGGGACACUGGGACGCCCCAAAAUGGUAACUGUGCUUUAAUGAGUCCAGCUGGUCUGUGGAACAACGCCUCCUGUGAUGACCAGCAUCACUUCAUCUGUUAUGAUGGAAAACAAGACACCAACCUAACAUACGUCUUAAUUCAGGAGAACAAGACCUGGAUAGAUGCUCAGAGUUACUGCAGACAGCAUCACACAGACCUGGUCAGUGUGAGGAACCAGACUGAGAACACAGAGAUAGAGAAGAAGAUAUCACUGAGGGGACUUCCUGUGUGGAUCGGUCUGUUUCUAGACUCCUGGAGAUGGUCAGACCAUAGUGACUCCUCAUUCAGAAACUGGUGGCCAGGAUGGCUUUCAACAGAUCAGGGAUACAACUGCACUCUGUUGCAUUCUAAUCCUUCUUCUUCCUAUCACGCUAAAAUGAGAAAUAAACCCUCUGAUGACACCUUUCCUUUCAUCUGCUCCGCUGUGGAGACCACAACUACAGCGACCACGACUACCCCCCUGCCCACAACCACGAUUACCCCCAUACAGACAACCACGACUACCCCCCAGAUUAUACACAAGAUUGCUUCCCUGGCCCCUAAGAAAGCUCAACUGAAGAGACAGGUGGUGAGAGUGAAGAUGACCCCAAAGGAUCAAAAUCUGAGCCUCAGAGAUCUUGCUGUUCAGGACGCCAUCUUACAAGAGAUAAGAGACAUGCUGAAGGAGCAGGGGUUACCUGCAGACACCAAAGUGAUGUGGAAAAAGCAGCCUGAUGGGAAGGUCUUCCACAAGGAGGAAGAGGGGUCUCCCAAGAAAGAAGAGGAGGAGAAGAAGAUGAAGAGGAUGAAGAAGAGGAUGAUGGCAAAAAGAGAACUCUACCACGUCUCGGACACCGACAUUGUGUUUCCUGACAAGCUAAACACUUUCUUUGCCUGCUUUGAGGAUUACACACUGACGUGGCCCGCUACCAAGGACGGCCUUCUCCGUGGCGGACGGGUUCAGCAUGGGCCGCCCCCAGGUGGUGAAAGUAGGAAACAACACCUCCGCUUCGAUGAUCCUCAACACUGGGCCCCACAAGGGUGCUUGCUCAGCCCUCUCCUGUACUCCCUGUUCACCCAUGACGGCGCGGCCAAGCAUGCCUCCAACUCAACCAUCAAGUUUGCAGACAACACAACAGUCGUAGGCUUGAUAGCGAACAAUUAUGAGACAGCCUACAGGGAGGAGACACACAGUAGGAGAGACAGAGCGAGAGAAAGGGGAGAGUUGGAUAGCGAGAGAGAGAUACAGAGACAGAGCGAGAGUUUUCUUCAAACAACAGUGAUGGAAACGUUGUUGUAUCUCACCCUGCUAAUCUCAGGAUUCUACACACCUUCCUCAUGUCUUCAUCAGUAUCACCUCAUUAGCAACAAUACAAACUGGACUGAUGCCCAGAGUUACUGCAGAGCACAUUACACUGAUCUGGCUACAGUAGAUGACAUGGAGGACCUGAACAGGCUGAUUACCAGUGUCAGUUUUGAUGAUUGGUUCUGGAUCGGACUGAAGAAGGGAGACUCCAUGAAGUGGAACUGGUCUCUGGCAGACAGACGUUUCUACAGAGAGGGGGAGACUGAGUUCAGAAACUGGGACACUGGGACGCCCCAAAAUGGUAACUGUGCUUUAAUGAGUCCAGCUGGUCUGUGGAACAACGCCUCCUGUGAUGACCAGCAUCACUUCAUCUGUUAUGAUGGAAAACAAGACACCAACCUAACAUACGUCUUAAUUCAGGAGAACAGGACCUGGAUAUAUGCUCAGAGAUACUGCAGACAGCAUCACACAGACCUGGUCAGUGUGAGGAACCAGACUGAGAACACAGAGAUAGAGAAGAAGAUAUCACCGAGGGGACUUCCUGUGUGGAUCGGCCUGUUUCAAGACUCCUGGAGAUGGUCAGAUCAGAGUGACUCCUCAUUCAGAAACUGGUUGCCAAGAUAUUCUAUAAUAAAACAUACAACUGCACUCUGGAGAUACAACUGCACUCUUAAUUAUUCUGAUCUUAAAUGGAUAAAUCUGCCAUGUGACGUCACCAAUCCUUUCAUCUGCUAUGGUCCAGCUGUGGAGACCCCUGAGAAACCUCAACUGAAGAGACAUGUGGUGAGAAUGAAGAUGACCCCAAAGGAUCAAAAUCUGAACUUCAGUGAUCCUGCUGUUCAGGAUUCCAUCUUACAAGAUAUAAGGAACAAGCUGAAGGAGCAGGGGUUACCUGCAGACACCAAAGUGACAUGGAAAAAGCAACCUGAUGGGAAGGUCUUCCACAAGGAGGAAGAGGGGUCUCCCAAGGAAGAAGAGGAGGAGAAGAAGAUGAAGAGGAUGAUGACAAAGAGAGAACUCUAAUUAUGUAAAAUGUUCUCCUAACUUUUCUCUUUUUUAAAUUUAGAUUAAUUAUCUGUACUGGGAUGUAUUUUCUGAACCUAAUUCAAUGUGUUUAAUUAAUUAAAUUGUUUAAGUAUAAACAUCAAUAGUGUUUUAUCAUGAGAUGUUUUUAUUGAUAGUUUUCUUGACUUGGUUGUUUUAUUACAGGGUUUGGUCUCAAGACUGUCACGCCCUGGUCUAUAUUUAUUAUGUUAUCUUCAUUUAUUGGGUCAAGCCAGGGUGUGACAUGGGUUUAUUUGUAGUGUGUUUCGUCUUGGGGUUGUGUGGGGUGUAUAGAUUAGUCUAUGGCUGCCUGAGGCGGUUCUCAAUCAGAGUCAGGUGAUUAUCGUUGUCUCUGAUUGGGAACCAUAUUUAGGUAGCCUGGGUUUCACUGUGUGUUUGUGGGUGAUUGUUCCUGUCUCUGUGUUUGUUGCACCAGUCAGGGCUGUUUCAGUUUGAGACGUUUGUUGUUUUGUAUUGUUCGUGUUUUCUUCAUCAUUAAAGAUGUAUCUA